AAAAGCCAGAGCAGAGACGGGAAUCUGGAUUCUCGAACCUACCGCUGGUCAUCCUCCUCCACCAUUUUUAUUUUCAUGUAGCAAGAAAGCACGCACUCUGAAGAGAAAACAAGCCAAUCAAACAAGCUGCUGGGUCGUUUCCUCCAUCCAUUCCGCCUCAACAUGGCUCUUCAGGUGUGGAUGGUCGGGGAGAACGGCGAGGACCUCAACAACCACAGGGAGCUCCUGCCUCUCUCCAAGCUCCAAGAGAUUGGCGUGUUAUAUUGGCAUUUGGACCCAAAGAAGUCCGAAAGUGAACAAGAGCUAGCGAAAAUCCGCAAAGACAAGGGAUACAGCUACAUGGAUUAUCUGGAUAUAUGCCCUGGAAAGUUGGCAAACUUUGAGGAGAAGCUCAAGAAUUUCUUCACAGAGCACAUGCAUGCCGACGAAGAGAUCCGCUACUGCUUGGAAGGCGGCGGGUAUUUUGAUGUGCGCGACAAGGAUGACAAGUGGGUUCGGAUCUGGAUAAAAGAAGGGGAUAUGAUCGUGCUGCCGGCUGGAAUUUAUCAUCGGUUCACCCUCGACGCCGCCAACCAUGUGAAGCUCAUGAGGCUCUUCCUCGGAGAACCAGUGUGGACCGCCCACAACCGGCCUCAGGAGGACCAUCCGGUGCGGCAAGAGUAUGUCAAGAGGCUCACGGACGACAAUGCUGGUCAUGCUUUGGCAGCACAUUGAAGUUGGUUUGUGAUCCCUUGGCUAUGUAUUAUAAACGCCCAUGGACAUAUACAUACACUUGAACGAAACCAUGUUGUAAUCUUGAAACCAAAUAGAUACGCUACCUACUUGUUAUUAUUCACUUGUAAUUGCCCGUGUGUUGCUACGAGGGCAUAAGUAUUCUAGUGGUUCAACAUUAAUCGUGUCAAACAUAUACUUUUAGAAUUCAUGUGGACAUUUUUUUAAAA